UCUCUCUCUCUCUCUCUCUCUCUCUCUCUCUCUCUAUUUUGAUUCCCCUGAGUAUUAUAUUAGAAAAUCUUUUGCUUUAAUUAAGAAAGGUUUGGAAGUAACUAAAAUAGGUUAAAAAGGGUACAAUAUACUUGGAUAUAAUACAUAUUCACCCACACACACACACACAGAGAUCAGAGAGAGAGAGAGAGAGAGAGAGAUUCAGAUUGCAGAAAUGCUGGAUAAACAAGAGUUAAAUCAUCUGGGCACUUCAGAUCAGAUCGAAGUUCUGUUACUCCUAUAUAGAUCAGAGAGCACUCACCAAAAUCGAUUGUGAAUUCGUCCUUGAUCACAUGUAAUAAAUAUUUUUAGCUAGCAGACCGCUGGGCAAAGACAACUAUAUUGAAGAGGCAGUGAUCGAGUCCAUCUGCAUUGGCCUCUCCACCAAUUAACCUUGUGCCCAGAAUUAAUCGGAUAAAAUGCAUGAAGUCUUUUGAUUUCCUGUACGUAUGACAUCAAAAGCAGAAGCUCCUUGGAAUUCUUUUUAGUGCCAAGUUAGUAAGGUUACAGGCUAGCAGCUACGGAGAACGAGAGAAACACGGAGGGAAGAGCGAAAGAAUUCAGUGUCUUUUUCAUCUUUGGCAGGCUUGAAACUUGAUCAAGAAAAUCAAAUGGACGAUGAGAACCCACCUCGUGUUUCACGUAAAAAUGGGAACCACGAGGCCCCAAGGGCCGGACCCACGAGGAAGGGCAGGUACACCACCGAUGAUGAUGGAGAUCAGAUCAAGUGUUCUGGCAAGCAUUGCAGAGCAUGCACUGCCGGGUUGGUAGCCGACUGCGUGGCCCUCUGUUGCUGCCCGUUCGCGGUGGUGGAAUUUCUUGCUCUUGCGCUUGUGAAAGUCCCGUGGAUGGUGGGGAGGAGAUGCCUGGGAUUGGGAAGAAAGAAGGGUCAGAGGCCGGAGAUGAAGAGGAAAUGCAAGAGAAGUGAGGGUGACUGCGUGGUGGAGAGGGAUGGGAAUGUGAGAAAGAGGAGGGCGGUGGAGGGAAUGCCAGAAAUUGCAUCAGGGUUUGAUGAAGAAGAGAGGAUGGACAGUGGUAGUGCCAGGUUUGAAGCUGAGAGGGUUUGGCUGGAGCUGUACCAGGUUGGUCAUUUGGGUUUUGGGAGAGUUUCCUUCACCGGUAUUCAAAUUUCUGGGUAAGGGCAAUAAGGGAAGGAAACCAAUAUGGUAAAUACAUUAUUAUUUAGAAGUCUUUGAAGCAUUACCCCAUGGCUUUGGGGUUAUUAUAAGUGUUACAGCUCGAGAUUAAGCUUGGCCUUGCUAAUGAAAUGAAGUGAUUUUCUAUGA